GGCUGUUGGCCUGAGGUAGGACUAAAUAGAUGUAAAUAGUGGAGUAGGGUGGUGGGUUUUUAGUGAGUGUAGGGCUAGAUGGUAUUUUUAAUUUAUUUUUAAAAAUUCAAGUAAAGUAAUAAGGAAGUUGUACUCCAGUCAGGUAGGUGGCGGUAAUGCAACAUUCAUUGGCUGUCAACUGCUGUUAAACCUCAAAUAAGAAGUAAAAAUGCUUUUGCUUCGCUUCUAAAACAAGAUUACGUGUCGCUAUAAAAUUGAUAAAACCAUGAGUAAUAUCUCCAAGUCCGUGUCGACUUUAGAAGAAACGAGGACUGGUCUGUGUGAUGAGUUUGUGUCCGUAACAGGAUCCGAUAGCGCCGUGGCUCAAUGUUACCUUGCUGAAAAUGACUGGGAAAUGGAGGUAUAGCUAAUGAUCCUGCUUCAAUCAGUCCAUUUGAUUAGUUAACAUUGGAGGACUACACAACUUUGGAACACAGACCCUUUUUUCUCUGUCUGCAAUGACAGAAGAGUCCAAUUCAACAUAAAAGUUGGUCAGAAAUGAUAUUGCCUUAAAAACAGUUUCUAAUAUAUAAUGUAAAAUAAGUUUUUCCAUCUGUAGUCGCAUCGAGGCUACGCCGUGAGAUAUGUCUCAACCCAGGGUUGGGAGAUGACCGUGCACUCUUAAUUAGACCACCAACUGAGAAAUGGAGAAUUUCAAUACUGCUGUUGGUUCAUCAGCAUGCUAGGCUAACUAAUGCUAUAGCAGCACAUUGGAUUCAACACUUCCGGUAGCUGCUCAUCCCAACGUUAGGGCGUCUUAUUUCUAUGGAAUCCAACGCCUUGGACAUUUUAACUUCACAGAGCUCUGAACUCAUUUUUCGAGGCUGACAUGGAGGCAGUUUUUACAGUGGAAGAUUCACCAAAGAAGGACAUUAGCCCCCCUAAAGUUAAAAGACAGAAAUUGGACAAACCACAAGGGAAAAUGGACUGCAUUGACCUGACCACAGAAGAGCCUGCCUGUUCCAGCAGCAGCGCCAAGUCAACCAACUCCUCCAAGUCAGUGGAACCCAAAGCUAAAGUUAAAACCUCGGGCUCUGAGGAGCAGGAUGGCGGCAAACUGUCGCUGAUCUCUUGGAAUGUAGAUGGUCUGGACACCGUGAACCUGGGAGAGCGUGCUAGGGGCCUCUGUUCCUAUCUGGCCCUGUACACCCCUGACGUGGUGUUUCUGCAGGAACUCAUUGAACCGUAUGUUCAGUACCUCAAGAAGCGAGCCGUCAGCUACACCAUCAUUGAGGGAGGCGAGGAGGGGUACUUCACUGGUUUGAUGCUGAAGAAGUCCAGAGUCAAACUCCUGAAUAGUGACAUCAUCAGUUACCCGACCACUCAGAUGAUGAGGAAUCUGCUCGUUGCUCAAGUGACGUUCAGGGACCAGGAGCUGUGCGUGAUGACAUCCCACUUUGAGAGCUGUAAGGGACAGGCAGAGGAGAGGAUGAAACAGCUGAGUGUGGUGCUGAAGAGGAUGAGGGAGGCUCCCACUAACGUGACUGUUCUAUUUGGAGGGGACACUAACCUGAGGGACGCCGAGGUGACCAAGGUUGGAGGUCUGCCCGGUGGGGUGUGUGAUGUGUGGGAGCAGCUGGGGAAGCAGGAGCACUGCAGGUACACCUGGGACACCAAGGCCAACAGCAACAAGAGUGUACCGUAUGUCAGCAGGUGUCGUUUUGACCGCGUCUACCUCCGACCGGCCAAGGAGGGCCCCGGGUCCCGGAUGACCCCAGACCACAUGGCCCUGGUGGGUUUAGAGAAGCUGGACUGUGGUCGCUACACCAGUGAUCACUGGGGAAUCUACUGCAGCUUUAUCCUUUAGCUCCUGAGACUUAAGGGUCGUGUCCCAAAUUGAUCCCUGUAGUGCACUGCUUUUGACCAGGAACCAAUAUGAGACGGGAACAUGUUUGCGUGUAGUGCGGGGUGGCAGCGUAGCCUAGUGGUUAGAGCGUUGGACUAGUAACCGAAAGGUUGCAAGUUCGAAUCCCCGAGCUGACAAGGUACAAAUCUGUCGUUCUGCCCCUGAACAGGCAGUUAACCCACUGUUCCUAGACCGUCAUUGAAAAUAAGAAUUUUUUCUUAACUGACUUGCCUAGUAAAAUAAAGGUAAAAUUAAAAAUGAAAGUGGUCCCAGCAGAGGCUAGAGACUGAAGAGGUUAACUUUCCUAACGGACAGUUAAAAAGGUUGCUCUAAUAUUGGAUCGGUAGCAAGCACAGUCUCUGCAUGGCCACUGACGGUAGGAUCAGAGACGGCUGGCUCACCUUUUAUUGUAGUGCCUUGAGCUGAGGACAGGAAGGUUUCAAUGUUGCCUUGGUCACCUCACGCCUAACACACCCUCAGAAUGGAAAUGUUGAAUGUCCUAAAUGGCUCCCUAUUUUAGUGCACUACUUUAGACCGGAGACCAUAAAACUGGUGAAAAGGAGUGCACUAUAUAGGGAAUGGUGUCAUUUUGGACAGCAGCUGUGUAUAUCUUAUCCCAGUGUUUAAAUGCUAAUAGGCGUUGGCUCUCAUUUUUUAAUUUCAAAAUGUGUUUGGUUUUAAUUUCAGAAGUCUUACAUGUGAUGACGAUGAUGAUUUCCCUCAAGUCUGUUUUUAGUCCUGGACAUUGAAAUAAAUACGUUCUGGAAUAAAA